UUGGAACCGCUGAUUGAGAAAAUACCAUCUCAGGAGAAAUUAGGGCAACGGAAGAAUAAUAGUUACUGUAGGCAACUUGCAUUUUAAAGAGAGUUUCCACGUACUCCCGCGGUGGUCUUUGGAUAUAACUCACCUUAUACGACGUUGAAUUGUCAUCAGGAUAUUUUUUCAGUGGAUGAAACGGAAAAAGCGGGACUGUAGGCAACGAAAAUCUUGGCUAAGUUCACUAGCAGCUAGAUAAUAUUAUCAAGCUAACAAGCUAGUUAGACCAUAUAUUGAGUCACUUUUGUUUCUACAACUAUUCAUAAGGCCCCUACGGGGAUAACGUCUGCCUGAGCGGCGCCACGCUAAACCGACAGCAUGCACAGCACUGGCUAUCAAUGGCACUGUUUGCAGAGGGGCUUUGCUGAGGUGUGAGAGUUCUGCGCAGAGAGAGAGAACUGAUCUGAGUCCGAGGGGUUGAUGGCGGAUAUGCCUGGGAGCGGCUCGUUUCCGGAGGGAGAGGAAGAUGCUGCUACCACUUCCGGGUCACGGGAGGCCGAGGGGUCAGCGGAGCGUGACGCCGGAGAGCCGGGCCCCGGGGCCGGGUCGGGCUCGGGCGAAGACGAGGAGGCGGAGGGGGAGGAUAGAGGGGGCCCGCGCCCCUGCGGGACAGGGGGAGGCGCAGGAGGCCAGGGGAGCAGCGAGGAGCCCUGCGGGGGGGAGCAGGGUCAGGACGACGUGGACAUGAGCAGCACCCACGGCUCCUCCAGCGGCCGCUCCUCCUCCAUCUCCGCGUCCGCCAGCACCUCCACCAGCUCCAAGAGCGAGCAGCAGGGUCGGGAGAGGCGGCAGGAGCACAGGGAGAUGCUGGAGACGGUGCAGGAGAUGAAGAAGAGGCUGCCAUCGGAGAAGAGGAGCCGCAGCAAGGCCAGCACGGUGGAGGCCCUCAACUACGCGCUCAACUGCGUCAAACAGGUGCAGGCUAACAGCGAGUACUACAAGCUGCUGAUGGGCAAUGGGCAGGAGGAGAGGAAGGAGGCUAUGGUCUGCCCCCUGGAGGAGCUGGAGAGCAUUACCUCGGAACACACCCUGAAAAACACGGACACGUUCGUGGUGGUGUUCUCCCUGAGCAGCAGCCGGGUGCUGUUCGCCUCCGAGCAGGCCUCCUACAUCCUCAACUGCAAGCGCAAGGCCCUGCAGGCCGCCAAGUUCGUGGAGCUGCUGUUCCACCAGGACGUCAACGCCUUCUACUCCCACACGGCCCAGCCUCACCUGCCCCCCUGGAGCACGAGCUCCGACAGCGCGGCCAUCUUGUUCCAGUGCGCCCAGGUGAAGUCCUUCUUCUGCCGGAUCAGGGGAGGGAAGGACCGGGACGGGGAGAUGCGCUACAACCCAUUUCGCCUCACGCCCUACCUGCUGAAGGUGCAGGGGGCGGAGGGGGAGGAGGAGCUCCCCUGCUGCCUGGCGCUGGCCGAGCGAAUCAUCUCCGGAUACGAAGCCCCGCGGAUCCCCAUGGACAAGCGCAUCUUCACCACCACCCACUCCCCCGGCUGCGUCUUCCUGGAGGUGGAUGAGCGAGCUGUGCCGUUGCUGGGAUACCUCCCUCAGGACCUGAUCGGGACCUCAGUGCUGACCUGCCUGCACCCUGAGGACCGAACGCUAAUGCUCACCAUGCACCGCAAGAUCCUGAAGUUCGCGGGCCAGCCCCCCUUUGAGCACUCGCCCAUCCGCUUCCGCUGUCAGAACGGGGACUACAUCACCAUGGACACCAGCUGGUCCAGCUUCAUCAACCCCUGGAGCCGCAAGGUGGCCUUCAUCAUUGGGAGACACAACGUCCGCAGCGGCCCUCUGAACGAGGACGUAUUCGCAGCGCAGACUAAAGGGGCGGGGCCUAUAGUCUUUGAGGAGGUGAAGGAGCUGCAGGCUCAGAUCUACAAGCUGUUUCUGCAGCCUGUGCACAACCACGGCUCCAGUGGCUACGGCAGUCUGGGCAGCAACGGCUCCCACGAGCCCUACAUCAGCGUGGCGUCCUCCAGCGACAGCAACGGCAACCUGUGGGAGGACCGAGAGAUGACGCUGCAGCAGAUCAGCGCUGAUGUUAACAGAGUGAAGAGCUGGGGGCAGCAGGCCUACCUGGACUCCCGGAGGAAGCUCACUCCCUUCGGGAAACCCCCUGCAGGUCCGGCCGCUGCUCUCCGCUCCCGGAACGUGGAUAUUCCGGGUCGCCCCGCUCCGUCGCAGGAGGAGUCCCGGAAGCCGCCGCACAGUCCGUCCUAUCAGCAGAUCAACUGUGUGGACAGCAUCAUCAGGUACCUGGAGAGCUGUACAGUCCCUGCUCUGAAGCGCAAGAGCAAGUCUCUGUCCAUCACCACCUCCUCCUCUUCCUCGGUGUCGGAGGAAGAUAAGGCCCCUGAGGACCUGGGAGGAGACGCCGUGCACACAGAGGACGUGGCGCUGGGGGCCCCUGGAGCUCCAGACAGCCAGGUGUCUGCAGUGUCGGCGGGCUCUGCGGGGGCUGUGGUGGGGGCCCCGCUGACGGACAUCACCCUGUCCACCAUGGCCAUGAGCGUGGUGUCGGUCACCAGCCAGUGUAGCUACAGCAGCACCAUCGUACACGUGCCCCAGCCCGAGUCCGAGGUGACCGCGCUGGAGGACGCACCAAUGGGCAGCGAGCAGGCCGACCCCGCCCCCCCGCUGACGCCCCGGCCCCCGGAGGAGGAGGUGCGCGUGGUGGGGCUCACAAAGGAGGUGCUGUCGGCCCACACGCAGCGGGAGGAGCUGGAGUACGUGCAGCGCUUUCGCCACCGCGUGCUGCUCAGCCCCUUCAGCUCCUACCUGCAGCAGGACCACAGCAGCCUGGCGCACUCGCAGCACCACGGUGAAUGCAUCAUGAAGCCGGCGAGUGUCCAGGGAGGCUUGACCCGGUGGAAAGCGGGGAAGCCCAAACACAAGAGGCCCAAACCACAGGGCUCCUCGGACAGCAACGCCUCCCCUGCAGGGAACUUCCGGCCCCCGCACAGACCCCCCCAGGCCCCGGACUCCUCCUGGCCCCCCUCGGAGUCCUCCCAGCCCCAGCCGGCGUCCGCCAUGCCCCCCCUGGUCCUGCCCUUCCAGGCCCCCUACUUCACUGCGCUGGGGCAAGUGGGCGGAGACACAGCAGCCCCCGCCUCUGUGACCAACUCUGCGCUGAAUGUGUGGGGCCAGCAGGGCGGGCCGCUGUUUGUCCUGCAGCAAGAUCAGAUCCUGCAGCCAGUGCAGAAUGUGCAACCGAUGCAGAACUUUCAUAACAUGCAAUCCAUGCAGAAUUUGCAAUCAAUGCAACCCAUGCAGAAUUUGCAGUCAGUGCAGCCCAUGCAGAGUUUGCAAUCAAUGCAACCCAUGCAGAGUUUGCAAUCAAUGCAACCCAUGCAGAGUUUGCAAUCAAUGCAACCCAUGCAGAGUUUGCAAUCAAUGCAACCCAUCCAGAGUUUGCAAUCAAUGCAACCCAUGCAGAGUUUGCAAUCAAUGCAACCCAUGCAGAAUUUGCAAUCAGUGCAACCCAUGCAGAACAUGCAGCCCUUGCACACCAUGCAACCUUACAUGCCCCCAGUCAUGGCUGUGAUCCUGCCUAACUACCCCACCUAUCCCAGCUACCCUGUGUUCCCCCAGGGGCUGCCCCCGGCUGUGGCCCCCGCCCCGCCUCUCCUCCCCCAGCCCUUCACCGUCCCCAUGUUCGGCCCCGGCCCCCAGCCCGGGACGCUGGUGCCCUCCUCCCCCCCCGCCCCGCCCUUCCUGGGCUGCUCCAACCCCCCCUCGUCCCUGGGGGAGAACCCGGACCCCGACACCACGCAGCCCCCCGCGCUGUUCUCCAGCUCCCGCUCCAGCUCCCCACUGCAGCUCAACCUCCUGCAGGAGGAGCUGCCCCACAGCUCCACAGGCCAGGCCGAGAGCCUGCAGGAGCCGCACAGCAAAGGGCUCCCUCAGGACGACGCGGCCAGCGAUCCGGGUAACCAUGACGACCAGUCCACGUCCAGCAAGCUGCUGGACCUGAUGCUGCAGACGGACGCCCGGUCCGGUACCAGGUCCAACGCCUCCGCGAGCGGCUCGGGGGGGUCCGGGGGGUCCCUGGGCUCCGGUUCUGGGUCCGGGUCGGGCUCCAACAGCACCUCCACCAGCCACACGGGGAGCAGCAGUAGCAGCAGUAAGUACUUUGGCAGUAACGACUCGUGGGACACGUCCCGUAAGGUGCGGAAGUCUCCGGAGGCCCAGGAGAGGGCCGGCUUUGACCAACGUGUGGAGGACUCGCUGUGGACCCUCAUACAGCAGACCCCCGAACCCGUCAUGAUGACCUACCAGAUCCACUCCAGGGACCAGGCGGUGGUGCUCCAGGAGGACCGGGAGAAGCUGCUCCUGCUGCAGGCCCAGCAGCCCUGGUUCUCCCAGGAGCAGAAGGAGGAGCUGGCCGAGGUGCACCCCUGGAUCACCCAGCGCACCCUGCCACAGGAGAUCGACACACAGGGCUGUGUAGAAUGCUGUGGAGGGCCCAGCAGCACGUCGCUCUGCCCCUCUCCCCGCCCACACACCCCCGACUCCUCCUGCCUAUUGGACAGUCCCCCUGAGGAGCCCGCCCCCCCUGCUGACUGAAGCAUGACUUCAUGCUCCGCCCCCAGAGUAACGUGAGCGCACGCACUACAGGCCACGCCCCCUCGAACUCUGAGCCUCUCUGUGCGGAGGACGUGUUGGGGAGGAGGAGGGGCCUUUUCGUCUGGUUUCGUUCAUGAACACAUGCGACACGCGUGUACGCACGGAAACGCCACGAAACACACUGGGACCUGUGGCUGUGGCUGUGGCUGUGGCUGUGGCUGUGGCCAGCCUUAGGGGUAUAACGGUGACUGGAGGGACAGGUUCAGAUGGAGAGGCACAGAUUCAGCUACAGACAUGCGUCUGGACAUCUUCUCCACCCGUCUGUGCGUCUUUGAGUGAUGGACCUCAACAACUGUGAAUCUUACCCCAUCCUGCAGUCUGUGUUCAUAUGUACACUCAAAUUCCUUCUUCCUGUUCUUUUGUGGAUUGUAUCCAAGCAAAAAGGGGCGUGUGAGUGUGCGUGGGAUGGGGGUGUGUGUUUGUAUUUUUGUGCAUUUUUUAUUUUUAUUUAAGUACUUUUUUAAACUCAGUAAUUUUUUAGAGAGAGAGCUUGUUGUAUGUACAUUCCAUACCUGUGAACCAGCAGUGUCUGUCACCCUGUCACAACAGAAAGCCUGGGCACACGGUACCCUGGGAAACGUUGUCUUCUACACUACAAUUCCAUCAUCUUUAUAUCCUUCAAGAACUCGUUGAACUGGAAGCAGCUAUUCUCUUUUUCAUUGUAAAGCACCUGUAUUUACACACAGUAUUACAGAAAUGUUCCGAUGCUGUGGUGCCUAAACUGCGAUCUUUUAGUUUGGACUGCAGCGUGUGCCCGAUCGCUCUGCCUGCCCCCCUUGUGGGAAACUCCCUCGUGUACUCCACUCCAUGAGGGUUCAGUGAACUUUCUGUAUUUUCCUAAGUUUUGCUUCCUACGUUAUAGGUGCAGGUUGCAUGCGUUUCAGUGGGACAGUCCUGCAUUGUAAAGUGGAGUGGGCAGACUCGGCUCGUUCUGCUGAAACAGGACUGUGAUGUCUGCCGUACUGCUGUACUUCAGGUGUCCAGGAAGAUCAAAGCGCCUGAUUUUCCGACUUUAACAUGACUGUAGGGUUCUGGUGUAUCACGGACGCUGGCGGCCGGGAGUGAUUGCGGAGGAACGGCGGUUGUUUUUAGCGAAGCUGCGGCAUCGCUCCUGAAGCAGCACGCCUUGCGGUUUGCUUCCAGUCCUUAAAUCAGGAGCAAAGACUGCAGCCAGUGUCAGCCCUCCUGGGGGAGGGGUAUGUAGCCAUUCUGAGAGCAGCUGUGGAUUUCCACUUUAAACUGGCAGUUACGCCCCGGAGACAGACCCCCACCCCACUGGGCUAUUCUGCUCUGUUAUUGUGUCAUUAUGAAUGAUCGUACCUGUGUGGAUGACAUGAAGCUGUCCCUGUAACAACGUGUAAUCCUUAACUAAUCGCUAUUGAGAGUGAGGCUCCCCCAAAUUAAGGACAGUACCUUCGUUUUACCACUAGAUGGUGAAAGUGGCACUUAUAAGGGGGAUCUACCAAGCCCCAGAACAACGCCUGUUAUUCUUUAAUUUAUUGGAAUAUGCCAAAAAUAAUGUUUUUCUGCUGUGUGUCCAGUUUUUUUGUUGGGGCUUUCAGUUCCUUUCCCCUGCUGGAGAUACUGCCUCAGAGAGGGGAGCUCUGUGUUGGAAGCAUUUCUGUGAUGCCAGUGGGAUAUAAACCUGUCUGUGCGUCUGUUCAAACUGAUGGUUUUUGUACAGUUUUGCCACGGGACAGAUGUCACAGGUUUUGUACAGUAUUUUUAGAGAGAGCAUUAUUACAUGACAUUGUAUUUUACAAAAAAAUUACAAAAACAAACAUGAUGUUGUAUGAAAAUGACAUUCUGUCAGCCAUUCAGGGAGACAUUUUGUGACACCAUGUGACUAAAUAAAUGAUAACUAUUA